AUGCUGCCUUGGUUUGUUAUCCCUUUGAUUGGACUAUGGGCUCUGUCUCAGCUUCUUCCACCAGCUUUUCGUUUCGAAAUUACUUCACCGAGGCUUGCUUGUGUGUUUGUGCUCUUGGUUACUCUCUUCUGGUAUGAGGUUUUGAUGCCUCAGCUGUCUACCUGGCGUGUGCGGAGGAAUGCCAGACUUAGGGAGAGAGAGAGAUUAGAAGCUAUUGAAAUGCAAAAGCUAAAGAGAAAUGCAACAAGGCGUUGCCGCAACUGCUCAACACCUUACAAGGACCAAAACCCUGGUGGUGGAAAGUUUAUGUGCUCUUAUUGUGGCCAUAUAUCAAAACGUCCUGUUUUAGACAUGCCCUUGUCUUCCGGAUUAGAGAUUUCUGGCUCAGGGAUUUUGAAGGAUCUUGUUGGAAGAGGUGGAAAAAUGUUGAAUGGGAACGGAUAUUUUUAUAGGCAAGAGUGGUCUGAUAGCAGCACGUGGACUAGCGGGUCAAGCUAUUGGCGGAGUAAUAGCGGUGGUGCAUUUGAUGGAGAAGAUAAUUGUUUGGUGGAGAAAUCUUAUUCUGGUGGCGUUGUUUUCACUUGCAGGUUGCUGUUAUCUUUUUUCAUGAGCAUUAGGUGGCUAUGGAGAAAGAUUUUUAGAUUUAGUUCAUCAGUUGAUGAUUCAUCACUUGACUCUGAGCGGAGACGGUUACUGGCUAGGCAGGGUGAGAACGGGAACAGCUAUCAUGAGAGUAGGGUAGAAAAAUCACGUAGAAAAGCAGAGGAGAAGAGACAAGCUAGGUUGGAGAAGGAGCUUUCAGAGGAGGAAGAGAGAAAACAAAGAGAAGAAGUUGCAAGACUUGUGGAAGAACGUAGAAAGCUGAGAGAUGAGAUUACCGAGGCCGAGAAAUGCAGCAAAUUAUCACUGGCUGCCAAGGAAAAAGUCAUCAAGGAGGCAGAAAAGAAGCGUCAGGAGAGAAGGAAAGAGAGAGAUAAAGCCUCAAGUAAGAGUAAUUCUGAUGGUGAAGAGCAUGACAGGAGAACAGAGAAGAAGCGAAAUCUUGAUAAGAAUAGUCAUCUAGAACAUGAGAGGCAUGCACCUGAUAAUUUUAGGAGUCCUAGCAUGGAAAGGAGACAUGGACAAUGUUUAGAGAAUAAUGCCACUAGUAACAGUACAAAAUCUGGUGGUCGAUACUUUGAUCGAAUGAAGGGUACAUUCUUGUCUUCUUCUAAGGCUUUCACUGAUAGCCGUUUAUUUGGAAGAGGCGUUAAUACUUCUCCUACAGUUAUAAAAGAAAACAAGCCCACCGGUUCUGCAGAUAAUUCUCAUACCUCUGCUCAAUCUACUCAUAUCAACCCUCCUGAAUUUGUGGCUUUGAAAUCAGUUCUUAGUGAAAGGGAAACGAAUGCUAAUCGUCCAGUUGCUUCUGAGCCAACACCGAGUAGAGAACCUAGAAAAGCAUGGCACCAACUGUUUGCCUGUUCAACUUCUGUUCCUGUUUCCUCGAAUGCUAGUAUUAUAAGCAGACCUUGUACAAAGCCAAAAGAAGCUGUUCAAAACUCACAGGUUUCCUCGAUACGAACUUUUGACAAUCCCAUCAGCUUUGGUCUCCCAUCGCCCUUCACCAUACCAGUGUACUCUAGUGGGUCCGCUACCAGUACUGUAGGUUUCUCUCCAACAAAGAUUGCUUUCCCUCAACAUGUUGAAGAUGAGCAUUUUGAAGAUCCAUGUUAUGUUCCGGAUCCAAUAUCUCUACUGGGACCAGUUUCAGAAUCACUUGAUUUAAGGGGUGGGUAUGAAAGUGGCAUAGGACUGACAAAACAUCAUCCAGUGAAGAAGUCGCCGACUUGUGAAAUCAGCAAACCAUCUCCGAUUGAAUCUCCCUUGUCCAAGUCACGGGCUGCGGAUGAAAAACAGGCUAAUGAUGGAAGCUGGCAAAUGUGGAAGAGUCCCCUUGGCCAAAACAGUCUCGGUUUAGUUGGUGGCUCCGAAAACUGGAUUAUACCUUCAGAGACAGCUAGAUCUAACGAGGAAAGUGGAAUGCAUCAUGUGCCUCAGCAUAGAACAUCAUCACUAUUUGCAAAAGAGGAUGCUUACUCACACUCACAUGGGAAAGACUCUCUUGAAAAUGAUCAGCAAAGUGGCUUUUUUAGCCCCAUGACUGGUCCAAGCAACCAUGAUCCUUGGUCACAGACGAUGUUCUUCCCUGCAUUAUCUGGCGUAGAGAGUCCUUUUUCUUUUAGUAUACAAACAGAAAGUGUCGUGAACAAUGUGGCGGCUUACGGGAGUCCAACUGAAUCUUCUCCAGACAACCCAUUUGAGCAUCCUUCUCCAAAUCACUGGCUCAAGAAAGUGAAGGGCUCAGGGGAUGGGACUGGGAAGCAGUUUGUGGCCGCGGGUGAAGUUGAGAAGCACCAAAAAGAUGUAGAGUCGUUUUGGUAG